AUGACGAACACCGGCGAGUCCUUUCCCGCCGAAAAGCGCGACAAGGAUAUUGAUCUCUCACAUGAUGAUGGCGACAGUGACGACGAUGUGUUCCAUGAUGCCCGAUUCCCCGCGGAGGAAGAAGCUCAACUAUUGAAAGAAGCGCACGAAAUUAAAACAGAAGCGAAUCAACUUUACAGUUCUGGCUGUUAUGACCAGGCCAUCUCCUGCUACGAUCGGGCUCUCGCCUCCUGCCCCAACUACCUAGACUACGACGUCGCCGUGCUCCGGUGUAAUAUUUCCGCGUGCUACCUGAAAAUGGAGGACUGGAAAUCCGCCGUUGACACUGCGACUAUGUCACUCGAUCGCCUCGAAAAGAUCAUCCCUUCCGAGCCACCCAAAGCGGACCAGAGCGACUCCCAAAGCUCGAAACCCACAAGUAGCGAUGCACAUGAUAGUGAUGCAGUGGUGGAGAUAUCUGGAGAUGACGACGAGGCAGAGGAAAAAGAAUUGAAGCGCUUGCAAGAAUUGGAUGAGACUCGGACAAAUGUCCUGCGGAUUCGGGCCAAGGCUCUCAUGCGGCGCGCUAAGGGGAAAUCACAAGCGGGCGGCUGGGCUAGCUUACAAGGUGCUUUAGAAGACUAUCAGGUCUUGAGUGGGAUGGACAAUCUCCCCGCUGCUGAUAGGCGGAUUGUUCAAAAGGCGCUUCAAGAGCUCCCAAGUCGGCUCAACGAGGCCAAGGAGAAGGAAAUGGGUGAGAUGAUGUCAAAAAUGAAAGACCUUGGAAACGGUUUCUUAAAACCAUUUGGUCUGUCUACGGAUAACUUCAAGUUCGUCCAGGAUCCAAAGACUGGUGGUUAUUCUAUGAAUUUUGAGUCUUGA